AGAACGAGUAAAAUUCUGGGAAUUUCGACAUUUGAAACUUCAUUCCUACAGUUUAAAUUCACAUAAAAUGGCCGAGAAGAAGACCGUCUACGAGACCUCGGAGGAGUACCCAGUCGUGGAUUCCUUCGAAGAUCUCGGACUAAAGGAGGAGAUCCUAAAGGGAAUUUUUGCCUAUGGGUUUGACAGGCCAUCAGCUGUCCAGCAGCGUGCCAUUAAGCCAAUCCUGGACGGAAGGGAUGUCAUUAUUCAGUCCCAGAGCGGUACAGGCAAAACUUGCGUAUUUUGCCUUGGAGCGCUUCAAACAGUCAAUUCAACUGUUAAAGAGACGCAGGUUCUGCUCCUGUCACCCACUAGAGAGUUAGCGGAGCAGUCUCAGAAGGUCUGCCUUGCCCUGGGAGACUACUGCAAUGUAGAAGUUCACUGCUGUAUUGGUGGGAAAAAGGUCUCAGAUGAUAUCAAGGCUCUGGAAUCCGGCGUCCAAAUUGUCUCUGGAACACCAGGAAGGGUCAACCAUAUGAUCUCGGAAAAGCACCUAAAUACCAGGAAUAUCAAGCAACUCAUCCUUGACGAAGCUGAUGAAAUGUUGAACAGAGGAUUUAAGGACCAGGUCUAUUCUAUAUAUCGCUAUCUACCACCAACCAUUCAAGUUGUUGUUGUCUCGGCCACUCUACCUCAUGAGGUCAUAGAGAUCACAAACAAGUUCAUGAACAACCCGUUCAAAGUAUUGGUAAAACGUGAUGAACUUACACUAGAAGGAAUCAAGCAAUUUUUCAUUUCCAUCGAAAAGGAGCAAUGGAAGUUUGACACUCUUUGUGAUCUUUAUCAGUCACUAAUAAUCACUCAAGCUGUAAUCUUCUGCAACACCAAAGAAAAGGUUGAAUGGCUCUCUAAAAAGAUGCAAGAUGCCAACUUUGAGGUUGUGAAAAUGCACGGUGAAAUGUCUCAGAAGGAACGCAAUGAUAUUAUGCAACGGUUUAGAAGGGGAGAAUCGAGAGUAUUGAUAUCCACAGACCUUUGGGGAAGAGGUCUUGAUGUCCAACAGGUCUCGCUCGUUGUAAACUAUGAUCUUCCAAACAGUCGUGAGAAUUAUAUUCACAGAAUUGGACGUUCUGGAAGAUAUGGUCGCAAAGGAGUUGCAAUCAACUUUGUAAAGGAUGAUGAUAUUCGCAUUUUAAGGGAUAUUGAACAGUAUUAUUCCACUCAAAUUGAUGAAAUGCCCAUGAACAUUUCGGAACUGCUUUAGAUUUUAAAUCGCAAA